AGUGGACUUUCUGGAGUGAGACAUGGACUUUGCUGAAAUUAUUUUCGCUUUGUUCAUCGUCGUGGUCGCGAUCAUCUCGUUGCUGUCCAACUUGUUGGUGCUGCUAUGUUUCAUCCACAGCACCGAGAUACGCCGACAGGUGCCCGGUGUUUUCACCAUGAACUUGUCUUUCUGCAACAUACUCAUCACUGUUUUAAACAUGCCAGCCACUUUGGUGGGGAUUAUCAGAAAGCAGCAGCCGUUUGGAGAUUGCAUUUGCCACACCGUGAGCUUUCUGGAGACUUUUCUGACUGCAAACACCAUGCUGAGCAUGGCGGCUCUCAGCAUAGAUCGGUGGAUAGCGGUAGUCUUCCCGCUCAGCUACUCCACCAAAAUGCGCUACAAGGACGCGCUGAUCAUGGUGUGCUACUCCUGGCUACACUCCUUCACCUUCUCCCUGACGGCGCUGCUCUUCUCCUGGGUCGACUACAGCGACGUUUACGCGUCCUGCACCUUGCAGCCAAGCGAGGAAGGCAGCGACAGGAUUAAGUUUACAAUCUUCACUAUCGUUUUCCACGCUACUAGUUUCAUUCUCUCCCUGCUCAUCUUGUGUUUCACCUACUUAAAGGUGUUGAAGGUCGCCAGGUUUCACUGCAAGAGGAUUGACAUUAUCACCAUGCAGACUCUGUUCCUGCUGGUCGAUAUUCAUCCAAGCGUGAAACAAAGAUGCUUAGCAGAACAAAAGAGGAGAAAGCAGAGAGCCACAAAGAAGAUCAGCAUCUUCAUCGGCUCAUUUAUCAUCUGCUUUGCUCCUUAUGUAAUCACAAGGUUGGCCGAGCUUCUCCCAUUUGUGGGCAUCAACCGCCACUGGGGAAUCAUCAGUAAGUGCCUGACAUAUAGCAAGGCUGCGUCUGACCCCUUCGCCUACUCUCUCCUACGUCAGCAGUACAAGAAAGUCCUGGUCGCCAUCGUCAACAGGCUACUCCGACGUGACCUGUACCCUUCGUCUGGCCAUAACAGCUCUUUAGACACAGAGAAUGACUACUGUCUCCAGAGGAUCAGUUAAUGGCAAAUACGGGACGUGACAUAUACACACACUACAGUGCAGGCCAAAAAUAAAGGUUGCCUCUUGGAAAAAAAAAAACAAGGUGGGUGGAGGAGGAAAAAAAAAAGCAAAAGCGAGUGAGGACAGGGUAUUGUUAGAAUGAGAAAAGAGAGUAGAAAGACGGGACAGACUGUGGGUGGAAGGUGAAAAAAGAGCAAAAAAAUAAGGAAGACAGUGGGCGGACACGAAAGAAAAGGCAGUGAUAUGGGGGAGGAUGAAUGGGCAAUAAGAUAAAGAAGAGAUGGGUGGACGACAGAUAGGGAGCGACAGGAGCAAGGUGGAGAUGUUGGGGAGUGUCAGUAAUUCAGCAAACCACAGAAACCACACAGAUGCGCAUGCAGAUCAAGUCAGUCUAUUUCACUGAAUCAGUCAUUGGUUCAUCUCAAACUGAAGGCGGGCAUGGAGAUCGGCCCCUUCCUCACUUUGUGCGACAUGUAAAAAGUGGCCUUUCUGUACUGUAACCACCACUUUAUAGUCAUUUUGAACCGGCAUGUUCUUGACCCAGUUACAUCGCACACACAGAGGCUGGUGGUCGAUGAGCAGCCGAGCGAA